AUGGCUUCGGAGGAUGUGAAAACUGGUGAAUCAGCUGUAACGAAGAUCGUUAAUUUGGCGGAAGAAGCGAAGCUUGCUAGAGAAGGAGUUGUUAAAGCUCCUAACUAUGCCAUCGGUAGCAUCUGCAAGUCUCUCGUCGCCGGUGGAGUCGCAGGAGGAGUAUCACGAACGGCAGUUGCUCCACUCGAGCGAAUGAAAAUCUUGCUUCAGGUCCAGAAUCGUCAUAACAUAAAAUACAAUGGAACAAUACAGGGCCUAAAAUAUAUAUGGAGAACUGAAGGAUUCCGUGGACUGUUCAAGGGAAAUGGUACUAAUUGUGCUCGAAUUGUCCCAAAUUCUGCUGUGAAGUUCUUCAGUUAUGAGCAAGCGUCUAAAGGCAUACUGCAAUUCUAUCAGCAGCAAACUGGAAAUGAGGAUGCUCAGCUUACCCCUGUUUUACGUCUUGGAGCUGGAGCAUGUGCUGGAAUAAUUGCUAUGUCUGCAACUUAUCCAAUGGAUAUGGUCCGAGGCAGGAUAACUGUACAGUCCGAGAAAUCCCCUUAUCAGUACCGAGGAAUGUUCCAUGCUUUGACUACUGUGCUUAGGCAAGAAGGUCCACGUGCUUUAUAUAAGGGCUGGCUUCCUUCAGUAAUUGGAGUUGUUCCUUAUGUUGGUCUCAACUUUGCUGUCUACGAGUCUCUGAAAGAUUGGUUGAUUAAAUCUAGACCAUUUGGUCUAGUCCAAGAUUCUGAGUUGAGUGUGACAACACGUCUGGCUUGUGGUGCUGCUGCCGGAACCAUUGGACAAACUGUCGCUUAUCCUCUUGAUGUCAUUCGUCGAAGAAUGCAGAUGACUGGUUGGCACAAUGCUGCUUCUGUUAUAACUGAUGGAAGAGGCAAAGCCCCACUUGAAUAUUCUGGAAUGAUUGAUGCAUUUAGGAAAACUGUUCGGCACGAGGGAUUUGGUGCAUUAUACAAGGGUCUGGUGCCAAAUUCUGUAAAGGUGGUCCCAUCCAUAGCACUUGCGUUUGUAUCAUACGAGAUGGUGAAGGACAUUUUAGGAGUGGAGAUCAGAAUAUCAGACUAA